UGUAGAAUUUGUUGGUGAUUUUUUUUUUUUUUUGAUCCGGAUGUGAUUAAAUUAGUUAAAGUUGUUGGGUUUAUAAGUAUUGGUAGAUUUAAAGGGGUUGUGGUAUAUAUUUUGAGUGCAUUAUUCAAAAUAUUCUGGAAUUUAAGGGAUUAUGAUUUAUGGAUUUAGCAGAUUUGUCUUCAUAUACUGGAUGAUUCCAUGAAGCUGAUGUAGCUUACCAGCUAUGGAUUCAACCCAAUCAGUAAUUACACAUAGAGUAUCAAUAUGUGAAAAAUCACUACAAUAUUACAAAUAUUAGGUUUUGAACCCAAUCUAUAACAUCAAAAGUCCAAAAAGUUCAGUGUUAUGGAAAUAAGAACUUUAAAGGUUGAAUCAGUCAAAUUCAAAUUCUGCAUACGCUGAAUGUUAACGGAUAGACAGACUAAGCAUUUCUAUCCGUUAUCAUUGCUCGGAGCUUCAAAUGAUUUUUCUUAUGCUGAGCCAACUGACGAGAAUGCAACACACAGUUGCUCCGUUGGUCUUAUGUUAAGUAAAAACAGUGAAAUUGAACUACAUAUGGUACAAAAUCGAGUGAAACAUCGUUGCAAUAUUUGACUCACAGGGCCCGCGUGUUAUAUUUACUAUUUGAUCAAAGUCAUUUGUUGUACUUUCAUGUACUUCAAUGUCGGGAAGAUAAUAUACGGACAAGGUUUAGAUAUCUGACAUAUGAACUAAGUGUAUGCUCAUAAAAGUUAUGCGAUGUUAAACUAUAUUUUGUGAUAUAUUUAGACCAUAAGGCAAGUAAACAAUAGAAGUGGAUUCAUAAUUUGAAUUUUGUUGUUUACAGUUCGCGAUUGUAUCAUAGUUCAUUUGAUUUACUGGGUUUAUACUUUAUAGUCAAUUAUCUUUACUUAUUUAGAGAUUUUUUUUAACAUAUACACUAGGUUCGAGCCAAAUCUACUGGGUUUGGAUAAAUCCGUAUCUUUAUCUCUAGAUCCGCCUUGGGGAAUCAUCCUAGAAGAUGUUGAAAAAUAAAGUACCCAUAGUUCAAAUGCGAGGUAUAAAAAGGGAGAAAACUUGUCGCUUGCAAGGUAUAUGUGAAAUAAUGGACAUAAAAGCAGCAAGUGCAACAACUAGAGAAGACGUUCCUUUGUCUUGUGAAGUCAAGUGUUGUUAUUACGUUUUGAGGAAGAUGUCGUGGAGUAGAGUUGUAUGAGACAAAUGGAAACUAGCAUCAGCGGUACCUCUUCUCCAACACACCCUAAGUGGAGAAAAGUUGUUUAUGGUGGGAUGCAACCUGGCUUUGGUGACAAUCACACAGAUGAAUCCUUCCUGGAGGAAAUGAUCAUGAAUGCUAAUGUUGUCAAAAGAGAUUUAUUGAAGGUGGUGCUUGACGCAGUUUCUAUCUCACAAUAUCUUUGCAUUGUUGCCCUUGUGGUUUUGGUUUGGACCUACACACUCACAAAUAUCCUCACGGAAAAAUAUCUUCUGCUAUUGAAUGUUAGCCUACUUGGAUCAGGUUUCUUUAUUCUGCUCUUAACUGCGGACAUGAUACCCUUCAAUCUCCUUCUCAAUUAUCUCCUACAGAAUUCCUUCUUCAUAACUGCCUUAUACAUGUUGUCUCCUAUCUACCACACACUUACUAGGUCCAUAAGCUCAAAUUCUAUAUGGGCUCUAACAGCUUCCCUUCUCAUACUCCAUCUCUUCCUGCACAAUUACUCAGGGUCCACUGUAAAGGCUCCUGGAGCUUUAGAUAAUCCAACCCUGACAAGCAAUAUCUCUCUGAAUGCUUCGAUCGUAGCUUCACUUCUGAUUUCUUCUCGACUUCCAUCACGGCUUCAUGUCUUUGCUAUCGUGCUAUUCUCCUUGCAGGUUUUCCUCUUUGCUCCUUUAGUUACAUAUUGCGUCAAGAAGCGUUCUUUCAAGCUGCAUAUUUGCUUUUCCCUUCAGUUACUGGUUCUGACACUAAUCUUCACUUACCGGUUGCAUAAGCUGCUUUUCAUUUUGCUUUUGGGCAUCUUUGUCUUUGUUAAUUUGGUUUGUCCUUACUGGCUGAUAAGGAUUCAAGAGUACAAGUUUGAGAUUAAUGGCCCCUGGGAUGAGGCUAAGCUCUGCUUUAACAUUACAGAAUGAGCAGCUUUAUACUCUUAGGUAUCUCCUUUCAUUAAAGCCUUUUGGCUCUUCUCUAUUAUUGAUUUAACUAGUCAUGUAGCUAUGCUAAGUGAAUUGUUUGUUUGAUAGAUUUGUGGUUUGAUGAAUGGGAUUCAUGAAGAGCAACAUUUAAGUUGCACAAUCAAUUUUGACCACUCUUUGUAUUCUUCAGUGCUCAGCUAAAGCAUUACUGCUAUGCUUUCUGAAGAGCAAGUAUUAUAGUAAAAAAAAUGAAAGAAGAGAGACGGUAUGUGUACUAGGAAAAUUCGUUAAAUGUGUAUAAAUGUACUUAAUUGAGAACCCAGUAAUUAAGAAUGAGCUACGGGUUCGGUGACGAAUUCAGUACUCAUAAACUCUGAAUUCUGGCCCUACCUCUGUUUACAAUAAGUCCACUUAAUUUAUCUCAAGUGAUUGUUACUUCUUUA